CCUCUCGCGUCGGGAAAAUGAGGGCUCUGCCGGCCUCCCCUUCUCUGCCUGCAACCUUGAACAAACAUUCUCGGAAGGAGGCUAGCAGCAGGUGGUAAUCUAAACCUGGCAUCAAAGGGCGUGGGAAGACCAAAGUAGCUACCAAAGUAGCCAUUCCUACUAUGUGAGAGACAGUAGGUUCAAAUAAUUUCAUUUAUUUUUCCAAAGCCUUCCAAAAUGCUGAAGCAGAGCUAGAAUUAGGAUCUGUACAGCCUCCAACCUAGGGCUCUUGCAAUAUGCUAUGUUAAGUUUCAGACAAAGUUGAGAAAUAAGAGACAGUUUUAAGAAAAAAAUAAUACCGAUUCCCAGCUUGACUUACCAGAACUCAUGAACAAAAUAACAACAGAAAGGAGUGGAGGUGGCCCCUCUGGGUGCAAAGUGAGAAGGAUAGAUUUUGAACACUUAGUAUAACUAUGGAGGUGAAAUCCCACAAGGCAAGAGGAAAGGCAUGUCUGAGGUUCAAAGGAGAGAUCUGGACUAGAGGGUGAGCUAGGAGUCAUUCUGAGGAAAUGGCUUAUAGUAGGUUAGCCUAUUCAUCUACUAUUCAUCAAGUUAGGUGAUUUAAGUGAGUUUGUGCAAAUUUUAUUGAUUUACUUAUUUUUGUAACCUUAGACAAGGAAAUAAACUUAAAAUUUAAAAAAAAAAAAUUAAAAAUAAGGCAGAAAAGGGGGGAGAGGAGGUAGAGAAAGGGAUCUUAAGCAGGUGACAGAGACCAGAGUGUGUCCUGAGGGAAACCCACAUAGUCAGAGGCCCACAGCAAUUCAAGAGAAUGAGAAGCAAGAGGAAACCACUGGACUCAGCAUCAGCAGACUCGGAGAGGCAAGCAGCCAAGGCUUUAAGAUUUGUGUCUUCAUGAGUGACUCCCAGACAUUCAUCAACAGCCUGGUCCAAGUGUCCCUGGUUGCUUCUUUCCUGGGGUAAGGUACAGUCUUCCUGUUUUCCCAAAUGACAAGGCUACAAGGACCCCAGAGGGGGAACCUCAGCAGUUCACCUCACAACAAACGCUGCUUGUGGAAGUCAGACCAAAUAGCAGGAAGGUACUGCAGCAAGAUGGAGUUGGGAAAGGACCAGUCUUGUCUGACGUUCCAUCAGACACCUGAUUCUCAUCAAGAGAAGAACUGUGUUCCAGAAUUUAUUGGACCUUGGAGUUUGCGAAACAGAGAGCAACUCAGGAAAAGAAAAGCUGAAGCUCAAGAAAAGCAAACAUCGCAAUGGCAAUUUGGAGAACAGAAAAAAAGCAAGCGACAGAGAAUAGGAAAAAUAAAUGAAAGAGGCAGAAAGAGACAACAAAAUACAGAACCAAAGGUGGAGUCUCAGUUACAAGUAGAAAAGGAAGUGACUGAGAAUGCACUGGCACCUACAGUAGAGAAAGAAACUGAGACAUCUUGGGGUACUCCUGAAACUCUACCUCCUGGAGCCUCCCCCCAAAAUGGUGUACCAGAGAAACAUUUUUCUGAAAUAGGUCAACAGAGCAUUACACAGCGGGAAAAUGCUUCUGAGUACCAAAAAACAGUGGUACAGAACUAUCCUUCUGAAAUAUGCCAAAAUAUGACUGAAGCUGAAGAUCUCUCUCCUAAAGUGUGUCAAGAAACAGUCAUACCUGAAGACCAUCCUUCCAAAAUGAGCCACAAUAUGGCUACCCCUGAAAAUCUCUCUCCUAAAAGGUGCCAAGAAAUAGCCAUACUUCAUGACCAUCCUUCCAAAAUGAUCCAUGAUAUGGCUACCCCUGAAGAUCUCUCUCCUAAAAGGUGCCAAGAAAUAGCCAUACUUCAUGACCACCCUUCCAAAGUGAGCCAUGAUAUGGCUACCCCUGAAGAUCUCUCUCCUAAAAGGUGCCAAGAAAUAGCCAUACUUCAUGACCAUCCUUCCAAAAUGAGCCACGAUAUGGCUACCCCUGAAGAUCUCUCUCCUAAAAGGUGCCAAGAAAUAGCCAUACUUCACGACCAUCCUUCCAAAAUGAGUCAUGAUGUAGCUACUCCUGAAGAUCUCUCUCCUAAAAGGUGCCAAGAAAUAACCAUACUUCAAGACCAUCCUUCCAAAAUGAGCCAUGAUGUGGCUACCCUUGAAGAUCUCUCUCCUAAACAGUGCCAAGAAAUAGCCAUACUUCAAGACCAUCCUUCCAAAAUGAGCCAUAAUAUGGCCACCCCUGAAGAUCUCUCUCCUAAAAGAUGCCAAGAAACAGCUGUGCCCAAAGCCCUUCCUCCUAAAACAUCUGAAGACACAGCUGAUCUGGAAGGAUGCUCUCUUGAAGCAUACCCCCAAACAGAUGUGUCUAAAGGCUAUAGUCUUGAAACACACCAAAAAGGAGUUGAACUUGAGGAAUAUAAUUCUGAACCAGGUCAAGGAAUAGUUGAGACUGAAAUCUUUCCAAACGCACAACAAGAAAUAGCUGUGCCCAAAGACCUUUCAACAAAAACAUACCAAGAAACAGUUGAACCUGAAUACUUUUCUCAUAAAACAUAUAAAUCCCCCCCUCAUAAAACAAUACAAGAAACAUCUGCUCCUGAAGCAUAUCCACCUGAAAUAUACCAAAAAACACCUGGGCCUGAUGACUGUGCACCUGAAAUAUACCAAGAAACACAUGGACCUGAAGACCUUUCUACUAAAACAUAUAAAAACAACAAUGUGCCUGAAGAAUGCUUUCCAGAACCACACCGAGAAACAAGUGGGUCCCAAGGUCAGGACCCUAAAGCACACCAGGAAGACGGUGAGGAUGUUUAUGCUUUUCCUUGUGAGAUAAAAGAAAAACCCAAAGCAGAAGAACCAGACAUACCAGCAAUUUCAAAUGUUCCUCAAGAGAUUCAUCCAGAAAAUGAUGUCUUUAGUUAUGUUUUGUUUUAACAGUCCUCAACCAUCAUACUUGUCCAACAAAAUACACAUCUUAAUAUAUGCUAUGUGUGCUGUUUUCAAAAUAUUGUAGAAAUCCCUACAGGAUUCACUAAUAUUUUAACUUACUCUUUUUCUACUUAUAGACAACAUCUCAAAGAGAAGUAAUAU